UUAUGAGAAAGUGCCACCUAGUGAAAGCCAUCUUAGUCACUUACAACAUGUAAGUGGACCUGAAUUUAUUAUCGGUUUAUAUGGUUUGUGGUUUCAGACCACAGUUUCGGGUGAAACUCCGACUGAAAUCGCAGACACCACAGGUUUAAAAAGUGUGGGUGGUUCGGCUCAGACAGAAGCGUGAGCAGGUGGAAGCCGCUCCGUGUCGCUGGUGCUGCCCUUCAAUGAAACGCAAUCCAGUCGGGGAGGAAGAAACUCUGCGCAGCGAGCAAGCAGCGAAAUGCAACUUGAUUCAUCGGCGCCGAUUGUUUGAAGGAAGCGAAGAAAAGCAAUUCUGAAGUGGGAUUUAUCUGACGAGGUAAAACCAACAAGCAAGGAUAAAAAAACUUCCUGAAAUGACCGGUUCUGACUGUGAGACUGAGCUUGACAACCCGGUGAAGCGAGUUUACGAAGAAGUGCUCUCAUAUUUCAGUUGUCUCUCAGCAGCAAGAGGACUUGUUCGAAGCUGGCGGACGGGGAAUUAACUCUUUGGACUGCUAAUCAUCUUUGGACUUUGCCUGCGCUUUAAAAACAUUAUUUUCCCCUCAACCCACGGCCAACAGAGUCUGCAUAUUAAAAGGAGUUGUUCCUGAAGUCAGCGGCAAUGGGGGAGCAGCCGAUCUACACCACUAGGGCCCAUGUCUUCCAAAUCGACCCAACCACUAAGAAGAACUGGGUUCCUGCCAGCAAGAUGGCCGUCACUGUCUCCUAUUUUUAUGACAGCACACGUAACAGCUACCGCAUCAUCAGCGUGGAUGGAUCCAAGGUGAUCAUCAACAGUACCAUCACACCCAACAUGACGUUCACCAAGACAUCGCAGAAAUUUGGCCAGUGGGCGGACAGCAGGGCCAACACUGUGUUUGGACUGGGCUUCGCCUCGGAACAGCAACUGGCCAAGUUUGCUGAGAAGUUUGAGGAGGUAAAAGAAGCUGCCAAGCUAGCAAGGGACAAAUCUCAAGAGAAGGUGGAGACGCUGAGUAAUCACUCCCAGGAGUCUGGACGUGAGACGCCCUCAUCCAACCAGGCAUCCAGCAUUAAUGGGACAGAUGAUGAGAAAAUCUCUCAUGUUGGUCCGGAGGCUGCUGUGCUGAAGAGCGAAAACGAACGUCUGAAGAGUGCAGUAGAACAGAGCAACACCAAUGCCAAGAAGUGGGAAACAGAGCUGCAGACUUUAAGAGAAAAUAAUGCCAGGCUGGUGGACGCACUGCAGGAGUCCUCAGCUAAUGUAGAGAGCUGGAAGAAACAACUUAGUGCCUGCAAGGAAGAGAGUGACACGCUCAGGGAAAAGAUUGCAGAACUGGAAGCUCAGUGUAAUGAAGCUGAGCAGGAGAAGCAGAAAAACGCCCAACUGACUGUACGAGUGCAUGAGCUGGAGACUGAGCUACGUGACAAAGAGCAGGAGCUAGAGAACCUGAGGAAGCAGGCAGAGAUAAUCCCUCAGCUCAUGGCCGAGGUAGAGAGCAUCACCGCAAAACUGCAGGCUGCAGAGACAAAGAACAACGAACUGGAGGGGAGGAUAGGAAGUCUUCAGAUGGACAUCAGCGACAGUCUACAAAAGCAGGGCAACAUGAAGGGCGAGCUGAAGAAGUUCAUGGAUAUUCUGGAUGGAAAGAUAGACGAGUUGCAUGAGUUCAGGCAGGGGCUCUCCAAGCUAGGUGUUGAUAACUGAGAAAAGUGUCACUGAGUCGAAAGGGUUAGAGGUCAGGUACGAAGGAUUCACUACAGUAUGUCUUCAGGGCAGAAACUAUGUGGCACCUACUCCCCCAAGGUGAUGUCCACUCAGAAAAUCAGCUUUGGCUUCUAAUAAACACUACCAUGUGAGAAAGAGAUGUUUAUGGAGAGGGAGAGAGAGACUGGCAGGAGGAAGGCCAGCAUGCUCCACCAAAUGGCUCCAUUUUGUGCGCUGGCAUUCUGAAACUAAAUCAAGAGUCACACUUUGAGCUUACUUAUCUGUUUCUGUGGGGGAAAUGGCUUUAAAAAGCUGGUGGUGGGUUCUUAGAUUCUGUCCAUCUGUCUUUUUUUCUGAAGGCUGCGGUACUUCUUUGCAGGCAGUCUGAGCUUUGAGUAGAAGGGGGGACUUAAAAGGGCUGAAAUGAAACACACACAAAGACAAUGCUGUUCAGCAUCACUCAAGUAAUAAUUGGUGUUAAUCCUUGUGGCCCCUUCAGAGAAUUAGAGAUGAAAUCUUUCUACAGACUGUCCUUGCUGUUGCCUCUCAUCUAUCUCAGGUGUGUUAUAGAAGACAGUUUGUACUCAUUAGAUUAUAUGCACAUAUAUGACAAACGGCCGUGACACAAAGUGCCUCCAGGUGAGUCUAAAUCCACCUGGCAAGGAGAACUGGCCAAGUGAUGACCAUCACCAUAAUAAUAACUUGAUUUUUGUGAGAAAACCUUAUGGGGAAAAAAAACAUCCUCACUAGUAAAAUAAGAUGACAAGAAAACGCAGGAGCCCAUCCCGAGGAUGUUAAUGGAUGUUAAUAUGGUGACUAAGUCAAAGAACAAAACAGGUGUUUGCACAAAAACUACUCUGAGAAGAGACUGCAGCAGGACUUCAUCAACACUCUUUUGGGUGUUUGAAACAUCCAAAAAUAACAAUAGGAACCCCUUUUUGCCAUGAGUGUAGUGUCGUGCUCAAAUUACUUUGUGUGUGCUAAAGUAGUGUUGUCCAUUUGUAGAACAAAGGCGUAUGUCUCAAAGGCUGUUGAUGUUCUCCCUACACACUAGUUUUUGUUAUGGUGGUGGUUAUUUUUGGGUGAGGGGACUUGGUGCUGCUUGAUGGGUGAAUAAUGUGAAAGUGUACUUCACUGAAAACAUUUAGAUGGCAUGGGCCUUUCACUACAACCCUGUCAGAUUCUUCGUUUUUGUUUUACAUAUUUAUUUAUUUUGGUGCCUCUCCGCAACUCGUGUUUCUAGAAUAUACCAAGUAAAUCAAACUUAACCUGAUGUCUCUAUACAGUAGAUGUACAAUAAUGUAUAAAAUAUACCAAAUUGUUUCAGAGGUUUUGUUUGCAGGAUGGUGUCACGGCUGCUUUUGGGAAGUCCAUCUUGAAACGUGGUAUAUUUGAAAUCAAAAGGCACAUGUUGUUGUGGCAUAUUUAGGGCCGAUGUUACGAAGUCUAUAUUUUUUCAUUACUGUUUUGAUCUUGUCAAAAAAUUGGGAUAUCUAUGAAGGGACUUUUGCUUCUCUCUGUUCAUAAGUCAUCUAAACCUGGAUAACACAACAUAUGAUCCUUCCUUUUGAACCAAUGCCUCUUGUGCACUUUUGUGACUCCUGUUUAAAUAGAAUUGACAAUUGUUAAAAUUUAGUUUAAUUACAA